GGGCUUUCUUAGCGGCUGGGGCGGCUGGCGGUUCCUCGUUCCCGAGUCCUGAGCUGCACCACCGGCAGCUGCAGCAACAGCUCGCCUUCUACCAGCAGCGGCUGCAGGACUACCAGCGGCAGCUGCUGCUGCACAUGCAGCAACAGCAGGCGGGGCAGGGGCAGGGGCUGCUGGGGGCCGCCUCCUCACAGCCCGCCCCCUCCUCAACAUUCACCGCAGCAGCUGCAGCCGCGGCCAUAUCGCCCCCAUCCUCCUCCUUCUCCUCCCUGGCCGCUGCACGUCAGGUGAGGUCGGGGACUGCUGCUGCCGCCCUCGCCGCCCCUACCACCGCCUCCACCACUGCAGCAGCAGGUGGGGGCAGCACCCUCCCCAGCAGCAGCAGCAGCCACCUCACGCUACCCGCCCUCAGCCCCCCGGGCAGCUUCCUGCAGCCCCCAGCAGCAGCAGGUGCAGGUACAGCGGGUGCAGGGCUGCUGCAGCAGCUGCUGGGGCUCCGCCCGCCCGCCCACCCGCUGCGCCACUUGGCCACCUGGCAGCCCGGGGCGGCAGGGGGCGGGGCGUCCAGACCGGCGUCAGCCAGCUCGGCGGCGACUGGGGGGCAGGUUGAUGAGCAUGAGGCGGUGGUGGGUGGGACGGCGGAGGGGCAGCGGGCCGGUGGUGCUGCAGCAGCUGGCGCCGGCGGGGGACGCCAGUCGGUGGCUGGUGCGGGUGCUGGUGUGAGUGGCGGCGGGCGGCGGGUGCGGAGGAGUGUGAGCCUGCUGCAGGCGGUGCGGGCCAGCUUGUCGUCCGCCUCCUCCUCGCGACUGGCGCCCGCACCUCAGCAGCAGCAGCAGCGUUGUGGAGGGGGGGCAAGUGGUGAGGGGGCUACUGGGGCGGCGGCGGCGGCAGCUGGGGAGCGCCCGGGGGCCGGCUGCAGGACCGCGCACCCGCAGCUGCAGCUGUCCCCCCGGCAGCAGGGCUGGCUACCGCAGCCGGACCAGCUGCAGGGAGAACAGCAGCCUCAACAGCUGCCUCAACAGCAGGGUCAGCGGAGUCAGUUUAGCUGCCACCACGAUGCUCACCAUCAUCAUCAUCAGCAGCAGCAACCCGCCCAGCCAUGCGCUAACCCCAACCACCUCCACUAUACCGAGCUGUACUACAACCCAAUGUACGGUGGAGGCGGGGGCGCCACCACCACCACCAGCAACAUCAGCCCCAGCCCCUCCGCCGACGUGGAGCCCUUCCCGCCCACCCCCUCCGCAGUCCAGCUGGCGCUGCUGCCCUACCAGCGCUCCCCCGCCGCGGCGCUGCUGCUGGCCCAGGCAGCCGUGUCCGCCGCAGCCCAGGGCGCCAGGGCACAGCAGCAGCAGGGAGGGGGCUCCCUGGCUGCUGCUGCUGCUGCUGCGGGCUCAGGCAUGGGCACUGCCAGCCCCCUCAGUGCUGCCCUGGGGGUGCAGGAUCUGGACCCCGGGGCCGCCAUGUUCGCACACUGCUUUCAGCGGGCUCGCUCGCAGCUGCCGGGAGGGGUGGGUCCGCAUGGGCAGGCGGCGGGGAGGCGGGUGGGGGCUGCACAUGACCAUGACAUGCAGCCCCCGGCUCGAGCCUUCACGCAACCGGAGCUGCCGGACCUCUCCCGGCGCUCGCAGCUGUACGAGCAGCAGCGACAGCAGUACGAGCGACAUCAGUGGCAGCAACACCAGCAGCAGCAGCAGCAGUUGCUGCAGUUUGGAGGCGACGGCGGGGGGCGCAUGGGGGCCAGUGUCGCCGGCGGACCGGGGGCCGCUCCUGCUGCCCUGCUGGCCGCAUCGCCCUCCGCUGCUGGCGGCGGGGGCCAACACGGGGCGGGGGCGGGGGAGUGGCUGCCUGACACUCGUACCUUGUCGGUUGCCGUACAGGCGGCUCAGAUGGUGGCUCAGCGGCUGCAGCGGCUGGCGGAUGAGCGCCGUCGCAGCCAGCUGCUACUGCACCAGCAGCAGCAGCAGGAGCUGCAGGAGCAGGAGCUGCAGGAGCAGCACUCCUCACUGUCACUGACGCAGCAGCAGGAGCAGCAGCAGCAGCGUUACCCCUCGCCCUCCUUAUCCCUCCGGCCGAGUGGCGCCCACGGGUCCAUCUCGCCAGCCCAAGAGCUGCUAGGACCCCUCGCUCAGGCCUCCUGCUCCCCCAGCGGAGCAGCCGCGGCAGCCCGGGCGGCAGCGGUGCCCUUCAGUCGCCCCGCGGGCAGGAGCUUGGGGCGCAUGUACAGCGCAUUCGCUGCCGCUGCUGAUGCUGCGGCACCCUUGGCGGGCGAGCUGAACAUCUUGGGUGCUGCAGCCGAAGGCUCCAGGGGCAUCAGCAGCAGCAGCCCAGGGCCCCCCGGUUCGCCAGCUGCUGCUGCUGCUGCAGUCGAGCCCACACUACCCGGGCUGCUGGCGUCCUACCCCUCCGUCGAGCCCUCCGAGCUGCCUCCUGCUCACGAGGCGGGGAGUGCUGCUGCUGCUGCUGCCGCCGAGGGGGACCGGCUGGGGAGGCCCCUUGCAGGGACCGCCUCGGGGGGGCUCUCCCGCCCCUCGCUGCUGACAUCGCUUCCCAGUGAGCAGGUGGCGGGGCUGUCUCAGCUGCCCUGGGAGGAGCACAUGGGCGGGCAGGGGCGAAGGCUGGAUGCAUCGGGUCAUCGGGGCGGCGCACCUGACUCCCCCACCACCACCGCCAUCACCAUCACCGCCGCCGACGUAGCCUCGGCCGUACCCGCAGCCCCAGUUGCAGAAACCGCAGCUGGGGGGCCCGGCGAGGGUGCGGGCCCGGGCGCCGCCAUUACCGCCCGCAGCAGCGGCUGCUGCGGCCCUCCCCCGCACCGGCCGCUCAUGUCACACCCCAUUCCGCUGCUCUCAGCCGCCAGCGCGGACGAGUGGGCCGCCGGCAGCUCGGUGUCCCUGGCAUGGGCGGAUGCGGACACCGCUGCUGCCGCCGCCACCACCAUCAGCGGGCCGGGUGAGGAGGGCGGCGAGCUGAGGCUGAUGCGGGGUGGGGGGCUGACGAGGCCGCCAGGCGCCACCGCUCCGUUGCAUCGCAGCGGGCUGGCAUUGGGGCCGGGGCGGCUGGCGGCGGCGCCGGUACCCGGGGCCAUCCUGAGUCCCCGAGUGGUGGGGGCCGAGGAGGAGGAGGAGGAUGGGGAGGGGGAUAGGAGCGGUCACGGCGGGGUGAGGACGCUGGUGGGGCAGCUGCGGGGCUGGGGUGCGGGGCAGGGGGAGGCGCCAGGGGAGGAGGGAAGGGGUUCCGGGGUGCGGGGUGCGGGUGGUGCGGGUGCGGGGGGGCAUGUGGGGAGCGGGGAGGGGGGUGCAAGGCAGCGUGCGGUGUUUGACAUCCUGGCGCACCUGUCUCCGGAGCGGAGGUAGGAGUGGGGUGAGGAGCGGGAUGAGGAGGAAUGGAGGGCACUUGUCGUGUUGCAAGCGCUCUGCGCGGGAUUUAUAUUAUAUUGUAAAAUACAAUAAUACCGGCAUUAAAGAACCUAGGCGGCUAGGCGGAGAGCGCAGGAGGCUGGUGGGCUGUGCAGGCUGCGGGUGCAGCUGAGGGCAUUGCAGUACGGCACAUUCGCAAGGGUGUCGGCAAGGGGGGAAGCUGCUGGGCGGGUUGGGGUUAUUUAUUGACUAUUAUUCUCAGCAUUAAGCGGUGAGUUUGUAGGGGCUGUGUAAGCCUCUCUUGUGGGAACCCUAGCUGCCGAACUAGUGUGUUUCAAUUUGCUGCAUGUGCAGCGCUGUUGUUGUGCGUGAGAGGAAACAUGCAUGUCGUGAUGAAACCAAGAUCCGGAUCCCGUUUGCUGCUCUUCGGGUGUGCACCGAAGGGGCCGGGCUCCAGCUGAUGAGCUGAAGGGAGUUCAUACGAUUUGCAUUGUGCAUGUGUGUGAAGAUUGCGAUUGGUGCAAGCGUUGUUGGAGAGCUGAUGGCGUUUGCUGUACGGUUUGUUGUACGCGAAUUUGAAUCCCUUGCAGGUGUGACCUUGCUGAUCUCUUGCCUUGCCUUUCAUUUGUAUACCCAUCGGUGCACCGAAUGUGUUGGUGCGGGUGGUUAUCAGCUACAUGCGUGUUGAUAGCGGGUGUGACGAUUGGAGAGAAUAAAAGCCGUUUCAUCCUUACACAUAUAUCGUGCCCAUUGUUGGGUUAGCCGAUCUUUUCUUUCAUUAGCGAUUGCCCGGAUGGCCGCUGUGGUUGCUGCUGCUGUGGGGCAUCCGCAAGCCUGUCAGGGCGGGCAGGACCUGUCGCGAGACGCCAAGCCAGCCCAACAAGUAAAAGAAAUCCGCCCACUACAACCUCGUUCUUGAGGUUCUGGAGUCGGUACGUUGCAUGCAACCACAUGUAUGUAAGACUGCAUACGA